UGGAGCUGCACCGACCAACAUGCCUCCGUCGCCUCGUCUCGGGUUUUUCUCAGGGUGGAGUGCCUCUAAAUGUUAGCAGAUGUAACACGCCAGGCAAGGAGCUCGUCUUGCUUGAGGGACUCUGCAGAGCAAGGUAGUGAAAUCUCUUCCUCUUCCUACUCCACGCCCUGUCAUUAUCAUCAAUAGCUGCCCUGGCAACCAUGUCCCCCCCAGCAUCGGCUGCGACAGCGAGUGAAAGCAGCACCACCACUGUUUUCGAGGAGGACACCAGAGAGGAGCAAAGACCCCUGAAGCAGUCUCUGAGCAAGUCACUGUGCCGGGAGAGUUUUUGGAAAUGCCUGCUGCUGUCUGUUCUCAUGUACGGCUGCAUGGGAGCCAUGGUUUGGUGUCAUGUCACCAAGGUGACCCGCUUCACCUUUGACAGGAAAUCCAUGAUGUACCAUGACAGCCCCUGCUCUGACGGCUAUAUCUACAUCCCUCUGGCCCUACUGGGCAUGCUCUACUUGGUCUAUCUUGUGGAGUGCUGGCACUGUCAUGUGAAGAAUGAGCUGCAGCACAAAGUGGAUGUGGAGGGCAUCUACGAACGCAUCCAAAGAAUGCAGCAGGCCAAACCGUGCAUCUGGUGGAAAGCCAUCAGCUAUCACUACGUCCGAAGAACACGACAAGUCACACGCUACCGUAAUGGAGACGCUUACACAAGUACCCAGGUAUACCAUGAACGGGUCAACACACAUGUGGCAGAGGCUGAAUUUGACUACAGUCAUUGUGGUGUGAAAGAUGUUUCAAAGCAGCUGCUGGGCUUGGAAAAGUCGGCACUCACAAAGAUGCGCUUCACCAAGUGCUUCAGCUUUGCCAACGUAGAGUCUGAGAACUCCUACCUAACACAGCGAGCGAGGUUCUUCACUGAUAAUGAAGGUCUGGAUGACUACAUGGAAGCGAGGGAGGGCAUGCACCUGAAGAAUAUCGACCUGAAGGAGUACGUCAUGGUGAUGUCUGACCCAGAGAAACACCCCUGGUAUCUGUCUCAUUACGUCUUCUGGUUUGCCUCAUUCCUCACGUUCUCCUGGCCUCUCAGAGUGUUCACAGAGUAUCACACUGCCUACGUCCACUACCGCGUAGAGAAGCUCUUUGGGCACGAUUACCUCCCUGUGACACCAUGUGAAGACCGGCCAUAUUGGCGUCGCAUCCCUCGUGUUAACACCAUUGACAGUACAGAACUGGAGUGGCACAUUAGAUCCAACCAGCAGCUGGUGCCCAGUUACUCUGAGGCCGGUCUGAUGGACCUGGCUCAGUGCCCGUCCAGUUUCAGCGGGAUACGUCAGAAUUGUGAGCGGUGCCACAGAGCCAUCAGCUGCUCCUCCGUGUUUUCCAGGAGCGCCCUCAGCAUCUGUACCGGUGCCAGCUCCCGCAUCCCCUUCAGCGGCAGUCGCUUCUCCUUGGCGAGACGCUACGGCUCACAGCGCAGCUUUUUCUGGAGGAGCGGGAGCUUGGAUGACCAGGAGAGUCCCAGUGAAAACACCCGCUGCCUCUCAGAGCGCCUCACCACAGACGAUGAGGAACCUCCAGACUAUGAGGAUGCACUUUGCUACCCAGUGCUCAUUGUGCACUGCAGCGAGAAUUGCCACAACCACAGAUCAUUUCACAGAAAUGGCUCCUGUGUGGAGACUUCCUUAUGA